CAUAUCUUCGCUCUUAGGACACAGUCACACAGAGGUGCAAAUUUCCUCAGUUCAAAGUGCGCUAGCACCACUUAUACUCUCACGGAAGCUCGUUGGCGAGUGACUAGCACCCCGCCUUAACCUCGUCGUGCACCCAUUCCAAUCUGCGUCGUUCUCAAUUCCUUCGAUUACUCCUAUCUUGGUCAAGCCAUUCGCAUACCAGACAACGCUGCAGUUACAGCGCUGUGACUAGAUGUCAAUGUCGGGCACUCUAGAAUUCACGAAGCUGUCCUACGACGAUUUCGACCUUAUCUUCAGCAUUCUACGAGAGGAGCACAUUGCGGAGUGGGAUGCACUCAAACGAUCAGGAUCUGCGUACAGAACGCUGUGUAUAUGCGCAUCCGCAUCCCGCACCUUGCGAGACCUCGCCCAGCGCCAUCUCUUCCGGGAUCUGAUCUUCACAUACGGCCCUGUUAUUACCAGGGACUGUGAUAAGCUUAGUCAUGGGCGUGGCUGCGCAGGGUGCGGAUGCUCCUGUCACUCAGAGGAAGCUCCUGCGCGAAAAGAGCUUUCUACGUUCCACCAAUAUCUUGUAGAUUCGCCACACGUGCGCCAACACGCGCGCAGCCUGAGGCUCAGAGCCUCUCCGCUUGGAGUGCGCGCUAAGGAGACAGUCGAAGCGGCUUCAUUGUCGCAGGUCUUAGCACAACUACCUAAGCUCGAUACUCUUCAUCUCGAGGACAUCAGCUUGCGGUCUACACCGCAGACGUCAUCACCAGAUUCCUCGUCCCAAUUGGUAAAGAUUCCUGCGCUGGAACGGCUCACACUAGCUUUCCAACAUGCGGGGAUCGGCUCCCAAGACUCUGUCUUCAAAAUCCUCGCGCAGUGCGACAGCGUGCGACAUCUUCGUCUACUCGGCAUGCACAGCUGGAACGGACGGACUCUUCCCGACCCUGCAACCGCCGCGACCCUCAGGCCUUAUCUAGGGGUCAAGUCGGUCGAGAUCGAGACCUAUGGGCCUCUGUUUGGCAAGAUUUUUACGUAUCUGGCGGCCGCUACGCGCGCCGGGCUGCGGUCGAUUCGGGUUAACGGGGUCACGAAUCCGGCGGUCGCGAGCGGUUUGCAGACGUUGCUUGAUGCCACCAACACUCAACUCGAGCACUUCGCAUGCGGAGAUAUGACUGCUGGCCGGCGGACUUUUAGAGAGAUUCAGGCCAUGCUAUCAAACGUACAUGGUCCUAAUCUUUCACGGUGCACGAGCCUCGCAUCCAUCGAGAUUACUCUGCACCUCGGUUGCAACUCGCUCGGGCUGGAACUACAGUACAUCAUCAACCCCAUGCUCUUGAGCUUAAGAGUAGGCUCCCGUGGCAAGUUACGACAGAUCAUGCUGAAGAGCGCUGUGCGUGAGGGUCUUCUAUCAGACCUUCAACAUACGUCGGUAUCGCCGUGGCUAUCGAAGCUCGACGAGAUACUUUUGACGCUGUACGACCGUCGCGGUGUGGCUGAGGUGCUGGUCAGGCUGGACGAUGUGGCGGGUAGGCUGGAUCUUGCAGCUAAGAACCGCAAUGCCAUUUGGGACUCGCUUCCCCGGGUUGCGAGCUCUGGCAUCCUGCGUAUCCUUACUGUGUAGCUCAAGUCUGUCAUUAUAAUGUGUUGCAUAUCAGGAGUGCCAUCUAAUUCAAU